GAGUAGACCUAUGAAAGAGAUUCUGUUCUGUUGCAUUUUCGUUUUACAGUUUCAGCAGUUUUAUAAUUAAUAUGGCAUCAUAGUCAAUCAAGCUGUCGGUCUUUUCCCCCCUUGGAACAAUGUAUGAACUGAAGAUACCAUUGCUGAGCUGAAUUUAUUUAUUCGAGCUUAGAGGAAAUCCACCAGCUGUAUCAGUAAUCGUAAAGAAAGAACUUUGCCUCCUGUUGGAGAAUCCAUCCAGCCGCAGCGAAGGCCUCCUCGUAGCCUACUCCUACUCUAUUGAAUUAUGAGUUUUUUUUAAAACCUACAAUCAUGGAGUGAGGUACUAUGAACAAAGAACUGAUUGUAACUCUCAAAAGUCACAAAAAUGUUGGACUACGAGAAUCAAAUCUUCUUGGAUGCUUUUCAUGAUGAUGGUCUUCUUGUUAUGUCUAGGGGUCUGGGACUCAGCAGAUUGUUUACAGAAUUCUUGAAGGUUUACAGUGACCCAGCAAGCCUAGUGCUUGUGUUAAAUACCACCCCUGCUGAUGAGAACUUUUUUACGGAGCAGUUGGAGAAACAUGGGAUAUCAAAAGUGCCCAGAAUAAUCACCAAUGAGAUCAAUGCUACAGACAGGCAGACAACAUAUAUGGAAGGAGGCGUCCUCUUCAUCACGUCAAGGAUUCUGGUGGUUGAUCUGCUGACUGACCGAGUGCCAGUGAGUCACGUGACUGGCAUCAUGGUCUAUAGAGCUCACAAAAUCAUCGAGUCUUGCCAGGAAGCUUUCAUACUUCGACUGUAUCGAGAAAAGAACAAGACAGGAUUCAUCAAAGCUUUCACUGACAACGCUGAAGCUUUCACUAGAGGCUUCUGCCAGGUGGAACGCAUGAUGAAGAAUUUGUUUGUGAAGAAACUGUUUCUGUGGCCUCGGUUCCAGGCCAGUGUGGUGACCUGCUUCAACAAACACAAGGUUGAUGUAGUGGAAGUUCACCAACAUUUGACCCCAGCCAUGACUGCUUGCCAGACCUCCCUGUUGGAUAUCAUCAACGCUUGCAUUGCAGAGCUCAAAAGAUCCAAUCCUAGCAUUGAUAUGGAUGAGAUCACUGUUGAGAAUGCUUUGUCAAAAUCCUUUGACCUUCUCAUUCGCCUCCAGCUGGAACCCUUGUGGCACCAACUCAGUGUCAGGACCAGGCAGUUGGUCUCUGACCUCAAGACUAUCAGGCUCAUACUCAGGCAAUUAACACAGUAUGACUGUGUGACAUUCCACAGCUUUCUGCAGUCUAUCAGAUCAAACGAGAAGUCAUUUGCACACAACACGGGCUGGCUAUUCCUUGAUGCAGCUGACAGUUUAUUUGUGCAUGCCAGGGAAAGAGUGUAUGGCAGUGUCAAGUUCAGGGAGAAGGAAAAAGGCAAGAAGCAGAAGAAAAUGGAAGACAAGAAUGAAGAACAAAGAGGAGAAGAGAGUGAUGAUGAAGAUGUGACGACAAGCCUGGAGCCUUGUCCCAAGUGGCAAGCUUUAUCCGAGAUUCUGGCGGAGAUUGCAGAGGACGAGGACUCCAUGUGUGAGGUGGGCGUGGACAACGAUGGGGUGUUGGACACAGGCUACAGAGUGCUGGUCUGUGCAGAGGAUGACCGUACCUGUAGUCAGCUGAAAGAGUACCUCUCUGAGGGAGCAGAAGUCCUCAUGAACAGAAUGUUUCAGAAAUAUCUCAUGCUGAGGAAAGGAAGAGCAGCUGCUGCUAAGGGAGAUUUCAAAUCAAAGGAAAAUAAAAAGAAAGCUGCAGUUGCUGAUGAGGAUGCCUUGACCUUGACCCAGAUGAUGAGAGCUGGAAAAGGAGAUGACUCUGCUGAAGGAGAUGAUAAAGCCAAGGAAUUUCUGAUGACCUCCAAAGAUGCCUAUUGCGGCAUCGUCACCUCCCCUAUGACCAUCAUCCAUCCACUGCAUGGCUGCUCUGACCCGCAUGGACUGGCUCGCACGCUGGAAGAAGUAGAGCCCAAAUAUGUGGUGCUCUAUGAUGCAGACAUGAGCCUUGUCAGGCAGCUGGAGGUGUACAAAGCGUCCCGGCCAGGCAAGCCUCUCCGCGUGUACUUCAUGAUGUAUAAAGGCUCGGUGGAGGAGCAACGCUAUCUGACCACACUGAGGAAGGAGAAAGAGGCGUUUGAGUACCUCAUUCGCGAGAAAGCCACAAUGGUGAUCAGUGAAGAACAAGAUGGUCGCUCAGAGGAUGACCCAAACCUAGCAAGAGGCGCGGGUCAGCAGCAGGCAGGCCCCAGCUCUAGGAAAGGUGGUGUGGACAUUGUACAGAAGAAUCAGGUUAUUGUUGACAUGCGAGAAUUCCGCAGUGAACUCCCUUCGCUCAUACAUCGGCGUGGCAUUGAAAUAGAACCCAUCACUCUAGAGGUUGGGGAUUACAUCUUGACUCCAGACAUCUGUGUUGAGCGGAAAAGCGUUAGCGAUUUGAUUGGCUCAUUGAACAACGGCCGACUAUACCAGCAAGCCCUGAGCAUGAGCAGGUUCUACAAGCGGCCAAUGCUGCUCAUAGAGUUUGAUGCCAAUAAGCCUUUCUCUUUACAGGCCAAGUCAAGUCUCGGCAGCGAUGUGUCCCUGCAGGAUGUGACCUCAAAGCUGGCCAUGCUUACCAUGCACUUCCCCAAACUCCGCCUGCUCUGGUGCCCCUCCCCCUAUGCCUCUGCCGAGCUGUUUGAGGAGCUUAAGGCAGGUCGUCCUCAGCCCAACGCUGAAAUAGCCAUGACCGUCACGGCCUCCAGCUCCGAGGUACCUGAGUGGAACGACAAAUACAAUCACGGCCCACAGGAUUUUGUUUUACGCAUGCCGGGCAUCAACUCGAAGAAUUUCUUCAACAUUUUGAACAAGUUCCGGGACCUUCACGAGGUGUCAGAGGCCAGCUUGGAAGAGCUGACGCAGGCACUGGGCAGUGCCACACACGCUCAGCAGCUGUAUGACUUUCUGCACAAGGAGCACAGUGUAGAAGAUGCAACAGUGAAAGAUGCGUCAAAAGAGAAAAAGAAGUUUAAAGGGAGGGGAGGGAAGGGCUUUGCGAGUCGGGGAAGAGGGAAGGCUUUUGUUGGUCAGGGGAGGGGGGUGAAAAGAAAAAACUGAUUCUUUUUUUGUGUGUGUGUUUGGGGGGGGGUUCUUUUUUUUGGGGAUAGGGGUGUAAAGGUGACUUUUGUGACUGGCAUUCUAUAUUCAAAAUGAACUGCGGACAUAUUGAAAUUAGGGAGAAUGAUGAUAUGUGAAUUUCUUCUUGUGGCUUGAUGGUUGUUUGUAGAAGGGAGGAAGGUAGAGCUGCUCUACUAUCCUUGUUUUUGGUUACUUGAGGGGGGCGGGGAGAAUGGGGUUUGCCACCUCACUUUAAAUUGACCCCCCAAAAAUUGUGUCUCUGUAAGAUUGUUUGGAAAUCUUUUCAAGUGUGGCAAGAGAUAUUUAUGAAGUGUAGUGAGGUUACACUGAUAAAAAUAGUUUUGUCUUCUAAAAGAAACAGGCUUUGCAUAAUACUGGAAUUUUUUUAUGCUAGAAUCAUUUGAUAUUCUACUUACAUCACUCAAGAACAGGUGAUUCAUGAUUUUGUGCCAUAGGUAUAUUAGUCCAAGGCUGUUAGAUUAUACAGUCCUCAUUUGUCUGUUGUGUAUACCCUUUGCUGGGAUUUAACUCUCUAUAGAGAUUGUUCCUAUUUAUAGCUUCAGGCAGCUAUAUAUAUAUAAUAUGUUGAUCACAAUGAAAUUCAGAUGAAAUCAAAUGUGAGGUGAUGCAUGUGAAAGGUUAGUGUAUUAGUAAGUUUUAUACAGAAUGAACUUGUUAUGCAGAAUGUCAGUUAUCGUUUAUUGUAUGUGGAGGAAAAAAGAGAGAAGGGUUGGGAUAUGUCCUCAUGUGACAUCCAUAUAACGCCUUCGUACAUAUGCAUACACGUAGUCUGUAAUAUUGUUGUUACUGUUGUUGUUAUUUAUUAAUAUAUUAUACAUCUGAGAGUUGAGUAAAAGAUAGAAAUUACAAAUUAUUGAAUAAAUGUGACUGGGAAGUU